UCGCUGGCGGGGGAGCCGGACGAUGAGGCGAGGGCGCGGAGAGCUGCGGAUGCUGCCCGCCGCCGGCCUGCUGCUGGCGGCCGAGCUGUGCGCCGGGGCGGCGCCGACUGAGCCCCCCGCCGCCUUCAACCUCAGCUGCGGGGGGCCGCACGGCUGCGAGCCGGGCGUCAUCCUGCCGGUGUGGCAGCCGCCCGAGCCCUCGGCGGGCGACAAGGUGGCGAGGGCCAUCGUCUACUUCGUGGCCAUGGUCUACCUCUUCCUGGGCAUGUCCAUCAUCGCCGACCGCUUCAUGGCCUCCAUCGAGGUGAUCACCUCGCAGGAGCGGGAGGUGACCGUCAAGCGGCCCAACGGGGAGACCUUCACCACCAUGGUGCGGGUGUGGAACGAGACGGUGUCCAACCUGACGCUGAUGGCGCUGGGCUCCUCGGCGCCGGAGAUCCUCCUCAGCGUGAUCGAGGUGUGCGGCCACAACUUCGAGGCGGGCGAGCUGGGCCCCGCCACCAUCGUGGGCAGCGCGGCCUUCAACAUGUUCGUCAUCAUCGCCGUGUGCGUGGCGGUGGUGCCCGGCGGCGAGCGGCGCCGCAUCAAGCACCCGCGGGGUCUUUUCGUCACCGCCUCCUGGAGCAUCUUCGCCUACGUCUGGCUCUACCUCAUCCUGGCCGUGUGGUCGCCGGCCGUGGUGGAGGUGUGGGAGGCGGCGCUCACCUUCGCCUUCUUCCCCUGCUGCGUGCUGCUGGCCUGGGUGGCCGACCGCCGGCUGCUCGUCUACAAGUACCUGCACAAGCGCUACCGCGCCGACAAGGGCGGCGGCGGCAUCGGCAUCGUGGUGGCGGGGGAGGCGCCCAAGCAGGGCGUGGAGAUGGACGCGACCUCGGAGCGGGGUCUCCCCGAGGAGGAGGAGGAGGAGGCCGAGGAGGAGGAGGAGGAGGCCCGCAGGGCGAUGGCCCGCAUCCUGAAGGAGCUGAGGCAGCGGCACCCCGACAGGGAGCCCGAGCAGCUGAUGGAGAUGGCCAGCUACCAGGCGCUGCUGCAGCAGCAGAAGAGCCGCGCCUUCUACCGCAUCCACGCCACCCGCCGCAUGACGGGCGAGGGCAACAUCCUCAAGCGCCACGCGGCCGAGCAGACGCGCCGCUUCCUCAGCCAGCAGGCCGGCGGCGGCGGCGGCGGCGGCCCGGGCGACGCCGAGGGGACGGCCCGGGCCGCCACCUGCGUCUACUUCGAGCCGGCGCACUACCAGUGCUUCGAGGACUGCGGCUGGAUGCACCUGACGGUGGUGAGGGAGGGCGGCCCGGCCGACUGCCCGCUGGCCGUCGACUACCGCACCGAGGACGGCACGGCCAACGCCGGCUCCGACUACGAGGCGGCCGAGGGGACGCUGCGCUUCGGGCCGGGCGAGAGGCGCCAGUUGCUGCCCGUCCGCAUCAUCGACGACGACAUCUUCGAGCAGGACGAGUACUUCAGGGUGCGGCUGAGCAACCCGAGGCUGGAGGGCGGCCCGGAGCCGGAGCGGGAGCGGGGCCCGGUCAGCCUGGGGGCCCACAGCCUGGCCACCGUCACCAUCUUCGACGACGACCACGCCGGCCUGUUCGCCUUCGAGCGGCCCCACGGCCGGGUGAGCGAGAGCGUGGGCACCAUGACGGCCAGGGUGCUGCGCACCUCGGGCUCCCGCGGCGUCGUCCUCCUGCCCUACAGGACGGUGGAGGGAACGGCCAAGGCGGGCGACGACUUCGUCAGCGGCAGCGGGCAGCUGGUCUUCCAGAACAACGAGACGGUGUAA